GUCGCUUUAAACCCACGGGAGGUGUUUUACACCACUUUACACGGAUAUUUCACUUUAAGAAAAGGUAGCAGUUUGUUUUUAAAACUUACGGGAACUUAAGCGACUGGACUGUUGGAUAAACUGAAACUUGUGCGAUAUGGGGGAUGUGAUCUCAAGCCACCUGGAUGAGGGCAAACGGGAAAUCGUUAAUGCCCGGACAGCCAAGGUCCUGGAUGAGUUCAGGAGUCUCUAUGAACAGCAGUACACCUUGGCUCUUUUUAACAAGGUACGCUAUGACGUGGAGGGAGGAGGAGGACCUCAACCUCAGCUUCUCCACCGAAAGGCACCUCUUGAGAACAAGUCCAUCUUCUCAGGAAUGCUCUUCCAGUAUUUGGAAGAAAACAAAAAAUGGCGAAAUCGGUUUCUGUUCGUCCCAGACUCAUACAAGAUCUGCUUCUAUGAAAACAAACAGGCCCAUGAUCGAAAUCUCCACCCUAAAGGAGCCAUCAACUGUGCUGGAUAUAAAGUGCUGAUCUCCAUGGAGAAGUACCUCGAGCUCCUCGACUCCAGCCUUCCUGAUGUAAAAGCCAAAGUGGGCAGCACUCCCUUUCUGAAAUGUGCCACGCAGUUCCCGCUGAUCCUGUGGCACCCAUACGCACGCCAUCACUAUUUCUGUGCAGCCACGGAGAAAGAGCAGCAGAAGUGGCACGCCGUGUUUCAGGACUGUAUCCGACAUACCAACAACGGUCUUUCAGAGGAGUGUAAAGUGCAGACACCAGCUUUCACAGAUGCAGUUCGUCUCUACCGCCAGGUCCGUGACCAGUAUGGCACCUGGGACAUGAUGUGUGGGACUCCUCCCCAGAUUCUGGCUAACUUGGUGAUGGAGACUCUGCUUCCUGAGCUAAGGGAUCUGAUCAGCCCACGCCUAAAGGGCAAGAUGCAGGAAAGACAGAGGACCUGGAUGCUGAUCACAGAUGCUGUGUACAGUCUAGUACAGGGUCAAGCUCAGGCCCAGUACGAAGCUACUGUGAAACACUGUGAGGAAGGGCGCCCCCCUCUGGAGGCGACUAUACGAACAGACAUGGACCAGAUCAUCACCUCCAAAGAGCAUGUCACAAGCAAAGUCAGAGCUCUGGUCCUGCCAAAGGCUGAGAAGCUGCUAAAGGUAAGUAUUGAGCCGUACAUCAACUCCAUCUUGGAGGCGCUGAUGGAGCCCACCAGCCGAGGCUUCUUUGAGGUGCGUGAUGUUUUCUUCAGGGAGCUGGUGGACAUGAACAAGAACCUUCUUAAUGGUGGCAGCAAGGAGAAACUUGGAGAGUACAUGGAGAAGGUCUCUAUGCUGGCCUUCCACCCGGUGAAGAUGCAGUGCUGUUAUGAGAAGGUGGAGCAGUUGAGUCUGGAAGGCCUCCAGCAACGUUUCGACGUCACCAGUCCGUCUGUAUUUGUCCAGAGAGCCCAGAUCCUCAUGAGAGAGCAAAUGGAUGAUGCUGUGUAUACAUUUGAGCAGCUGCUUCAUCAAAGUUUGGAGGGUCAGGAGGGGGAAGGUCUCUGUAAAACCAUCCAGCGCUGCCAGGACCGGGUCAUCAAAAAAUUUGACUAUGACAGCAGUACUGUGCGUAAGAGGUUCUUCAGAGAGGCUCUUCUGCAGAUCUUUAUUCCAUACAUGCUGAAACAGCUCCAUCCAUCCUGCUCUGCUGACCUUCCUCAUUUUCAAGAGCUGAUUUUUGAAGAUUUCUCCCGUUUCAUUUUGGUUGAGAAUAUCUUUGAGGAGGUGAUACUUCACACAGUCAUGAAAGACAUCAUGAUGGCUGUGAAGGAGGCUGCUGUUCAGAGGAAACACAACCUGUACAGAGACAGCAUCGUCCUCAACAACAGCGACCCGGCCCUGCACCUGCUUGGCGAGAAUCCACAAAUCGACUGGGCUGAAGAAUUUAGCAAACAGGAGGUGGACGGAGGUAAAGGAGGAGAAGCUGAGGGCCACAAGAAGCGCAGAAUGAAGCAGAUCGUUUCUAUGAUCCAGGUGGAUGGAACAACACUGCCACACGAGUCCUGCAUGGAGGUACCCGGGGUCCAGGACAUCCCAGAAGAACCGGGUGAAGAUGCUUCUAAUGACCAGCCCUCUACCGCUCCAGAAAAGAAAGCACCCAGCACCAAAGACGAAGUAAACGGGCCCCCGUCUGAAAACAGUGCACCCGUUGUACCCAAUGGGAAUACGCCAAAGGAAGAAAAAGAGACAGAGGAGCCUAAGCCGAAAGCCCAGGAUUCAGAGAGCAAGCAGGCCAUAGAGAGUGCCAUCCAACAGAUUGAGGAUGCAGUACAAGAAGCAGAGAGUGAACAAAGUGCUGAGGGAGGCAAUCCGAAAAAAAAUGAACCUGCAGCUCAUACGGACACAGAGUCGCCCAGCGCUGAAGUAGAGACGUCAGCAAACCAGGAGAAUCACGCUGCACCAUCAAGCACAGAGGAAUCAAAGUCACCUGUGGAAGGAGAAGAAAUGAGCUCCCAGCCAAAGCAAGAGCAACCCCAAGAACCUGUAGCAGCCGAAAAAACAGCUGAGUAUGAGGAGCCUCGGCCUAGCACGUAAACUACAUAAGAACACAAUGACUCUGAAAUAGAUGAUGCUGUAAAAUAAAUGGACACAGCACCAAUGCAAACAUAGGUCAAUAAUUAUGGGAUUUAUAAUUCUUAUUUCAAUUUUAAGUAGACACUAGCCCAAUGCUGAUACUGAUACUACGACAAAAGGGUUUAUGGUGGUUGGAUUCUUUUUUAAUUUCUGAUAUCUUCAUUUUUCACUUUUACUUUUUGCACAGACUUUAAUCACGUUCACUAAACUGGGCUGAUAGGCAUAACUGGGUAUACUAUAACUUUUUUGAAAGUAAAAAUUCCAUUUUUAUUUAUCACUAGAGAUUGUGUUGAUCCUACUAGGGUUUUAUGUGUUAGUAAGACUGCUGAACCCUAUAGCUGACUCCGUGCUGGUUGGUGUGAUGGUAAAGAGACGGAAAAACCUGUUUAAUACUGGGACAGUACCAGAACCAUUUUAAAACAGUGCUGGUAAAGUGCUAUUAUAAUGAUUGUAUGAUGCUGGUAUAAUCCUGAUGCAGUUCUGAGACGGACCUCGAAGAAAGCCAGGAUACCAACAGUGCUGAUACAGUACUGAAUGUGGGUGGAAUAGUGCUGGACAAGUACGAUUUACAGUGCUGGUAUAAUGCUGAGUGUCUGUUCGUUACUGAAUAGUUCUGAUAAAGUGCUGUUACUGUGCUAAUGCAGGGCUGGUAAAGUUCUGGUAAGCUGCUGAAACAAUGCUUGUAAAGUGCUGUUACUGUGUUAUAUUAGGGCUGGUAAAGUUCUGGAAUAAUGCUGAAACAGUGCUGGAACAGUACCGAACAAUGCCAGAACAAUGCUGGUAAAGUGAUGUUACUCUGUCAUUUCAGGGCUGGUAAAGUUCUGGUAUAAUUAUGGUGCAGUACUGAAUAGAGCUGGUAUGGUACUAGAACAGUGCUAAUGUAGUUCCAUGUAAAGCUGGUGUGGUCAUUACUAAGUUACAGUACUGGUAAAAUGCUGGUAUGGUGCCUGAUAUUAGUCCAAUUUGGUGACAUUUCUGCUUGGCUUACAUACAAAUAAAAACACUGAUGUAUUUUUAACUAGUCAUUUUAUAUUGUUUUAUUAUUUCAGCUCUGGCCUGAUAUUUUUGGUAAAGUACUAUCUAUAUUUCCUUUCUUCAUAGAAACUUAAAAUUUAAAUGUGUAACUAUUUAGCAUCAAUGAUCUGUUUAUGUACCUAAACUAAAGUUCAUUACUGUCCCAUGUUAUUCUUUUUUUAUGUCAAAUUAUUAGGAAAAAAAUUCAACACAUGCUUAGUUCUUUAUUUCUCCUCUGAUGGUUCACAAGUCCUUGUUUUAACAUGAUUGUUUUUGUACAUUGUAAGCAAGUAUUUUUAGUAAAUGUAUGGAAGCUCAAGAAACAUUUCUUUAAAAGUAAAACCAAGUUAACUGCUGUAUGGAGAAAAUAGAGUUUAGUUUGAAUUAGCAGUGAAAGUGUAACUGGUUUAUUCAAGAUCUUCAUCUGUACCCACAUUUAGACUUCUAUCUGUCACUUUUAUUCUGUGUGAUAUGACUUCUGCUCAUACGAUUGAAUAUUUUUAUUUAUUAUUUAAUGUACUUCUUUGCCAUAUGUUUUAUUCUAAAAUAUUGAUAAUAAAUCAAUUAUAUUU